UGCCUGGACCGCAGGUGUUUCGAGUACCAGCACAGUGAAAAAAGUGUCAUGCACAACUGGAUCAAAACCAGAAGCUGAACCUGAGAAAUUUCAAAAUGAUGAGAAGAGCCCACCCGAAUCCAGGAACUCGAUUCCACCAUUCGCGAAAUUAGUUCCUGCUAUUUGGGACUCUUCAUGCAGAAAAAGGGAAAUUUCUCCAGAUGUUACCCUCGAGGGUAUAUCUCUUCCAAUUCAUGAGGAGUCGACAAUUAUAGAAGACACUUAUUUUCCCUCCCUCGAGGGUGAGAAACAUUCCACUUAAUUGAAAUCCACAAUGAGGGAUAGGUAGACUGUUUCAGUGAUGUGUCCCGCGGUUUUUCAUGUUCGGUAGUGACUGCGCGAGGCUGCGGUGGUGAAACUAAAAGCAAAGAGUGGAUAGGGGUGAAAAAGGGGUGAAACGUGGCAGAAGAAAACGUGGAUGGAAGAAGGAGAGAAGAAGAGGGAAAGAGGCGGUAAUGAUCGUGACGACGGUCGUGCGGACAAAUGAACACCUCGGCACAGCGUUUGGGAUAUUCCAAAGAUGUGAGGAAUGAUCACGUGGGUUAUGGUCGGGCUGCUCCUGGCUGCGGAAACAACGUGUGGCAGAAACGUCGUCUCCGAAAAUGGGGACGGGAAGGACGAAACGAAGCAGAAGAACGGCCUGAAAGCAACUGCUGCUGACGAGGAGGAUAUCUAUCGUCUAACGUGCUACACUUGCGUCAACGUCAGCGAUAACCAGAUGUGCAACGAGUGGGCGAUAGACACCCCAUGUCCGGCGGGUGGCAGGGAUUUCUGCCGAUCUCUGCACAUCCUGGAUAGCCGCGGGAACAGCGUCUUGGUGAGCAAAAGUUGCGCGAGUAGGGCAGAGUGCGGCCCAGCAUCCGUCGGAUGUAUUCCAGUAGACACGCAGAGGAUUUGUAUCAGCUGCUGUGAUCUGAGCUACUGCAACGUGGAGUCACCCACAAACGCGACCAAUGCUAUCUUUUCGCGUAAGCGACGCACGAAAUCGAAGGGCAACGGGAAGCGACCCGGCAAGAACGGGGUCGAGUGUCCCAGUCGAUUUUCCAGCUGCUUUCUCUGGAUCGUCGCGACACUCAUAUAUGCAUAUCAUUGCUGAAGAGGCAAACCAAGAAUGAAGGCAAUAGAUAGAGGAUUCAUUA